CUCUCUCUCUCUCCUCUGUUUCUCUCUCUAAACUUCGGAAGAAGAAGAAGGAAGGAGGCGAUGGCGACGGCGAGAGUGCUGACGGUGUCGGACAGCUCGUGCCUGCUGACGAAGACGACGUCGUUCUUGGCGAAGCAGAGGCCGUGCAGGAACAACAAUCUCUGCUUUACGAAAAGAGGAGCGGCGCUGCCGUCAUUGUCGAGGCGGUCCCUGACUUGCAGAGCUAUCUACAACCCCGAGGUCCAGAUGAAGGAGGAAGGCCGCCCCGAAACCCUAGACUACCGCGUCUUCUUCGUCGACCGCUCCGGCCAAAAGGUUUCACCUUGGCAUGAUAUACCACUGCGCACGGCCGAUGGUGCAUUUAACUUUGUGGUUGAAAUACCCAAAGAAUCAAGUGCCAAGAUGGAGGUUGCUACUGAUGAGUCCAACACUCCCAUCAAACAGGAUACUAAGAAAGGGAAACUUCGUUACUACCCGUACAAUAUAAAUUGGAAUUAUGGAUUGCUUCCACAAACAUGGGAAGACCCAUCUCUUGCCAACCCUGAAGUGGAUGGAGCAUUUGGCGAUAACGAUCCAGUUGAUGUUGUUGAGAUUGGAGAAACUCGGAGGAAGGUUGGCGAGGUUCUCAAAGUAAAACCCUUGGCUGCUUUAGCAAUGAUUGAUGAAGGGGAACUUGACUGGAAAAUAGUUGCCAUUUCAUUGGAUGAUCCAAAAGCUUCUCUGGUCAAUGACAUUGAUGAUGUUGAGAAGCAUUUCCCGGGUACUCUCACUGCAAUAAGGGACUGGUUUAGAGACUACAAAAUCCCUGAUGGAAAGCCUGCUAACAAAUUUGGUCUUGGAAACAAGCCAGCCAACAAGGAUUAUGCACUAAAGGUCAUAACAGAAACCAAUGAGUCAUGGGCUAAUCUUGUGAAGAGAUCCAUUCCUGCUGGAGAACUGUCCCUUGUCUAGAUUCAGGUGUUAUUGGCUAAACUCUUUGAUCCAUUAGAGAUUUUAAUUUGUGAAGAGCACUCUGAGCAGUCGUGUAAUUUAUGUGAAUGUUACAUCAAUGCCAAUUUUUUCUGCUAUUGAGCUGGAAUAAUUACCUGGCGUCUGCAGUAUUUAGGUAAUUUGGUUGUUAUUAAAUAAAUAAUUUUGUUUCAGUUAUGAACUAAUGCAUGAAUCACUGUGUUGCA